AUGGUCAAAUGCACACAGGCGUCCUCCAAACUGGAGCUUUCUCUCAACAACCCUGCAAAAGACCAGGAGACAGCGGUUAUCCCCAACCAGCAAAACCAAGCCGGCAAUGGUGAUGACCACAACCUUGAUGAUUUUCCUGAAGGCGGCGCUCGCGCAUGGGCUGUUGCCAUUGGCACGGCUGGGAUAGCGUUCUGCACCUUGGGUGUUAUCAAUUCGUUCGGGGUUCUCCAGGGAUGGUACCAGGUUCAUCAGCUGGAGGACCGGACUGCAUCAGAAAUAUCAUGGAUCGGGUCCACACAGGCAUUAUUCGUGUUUGGGGGAGGUGUAAUCGGAGGGCCUCUAUUUGAUCUUUAUGGAGCCAAGGUUAUUCGGCCGGCGGCAUUGCUUUAUGUUGUGAGCAUCAUGCUGACCAGCGUCUGCAAGGAGUAUCAUCAGUUUGUGCUCGCUCAGGGCAUUCUUGGUGGUCUUUCCAAUGGCAUGACCAUAUUUCCAGCGAUGUCUGCAGGACCCCAAUAUUUCAACAAGAGACGCGCCGCUGCCAUGGGAAUAGGGAUAGCGGGGUCUUCCCUAGGAGGUGUCGUCUGGCCCAUCGUCCUAACAGUCAAAGCCCGCCUCCCGCCGCAAAAAACCCAGUUCUUUCUCUGGUCAUCCUUUAAAGAGACCCCUUAUCUAUAUCUCGUCGCUGCAGGCUUCUUUGGGUUUCUUGGAGUAUUCACACCGUUGUUCUACCUACCUAUCUAUGCCUAUAUCCAAGGUGCAGGCGUCUCACUGGCCUUUUAUCUCGCGGCGAUUUUCAACGCAGCAUCGUUCGUGGGUCGAGUCGUCACCGGUAUUCUUGCCGACAAACUAGGCCGCUUCAAUAUGUUUUUCGCAGCGACCAUCACCAGUGGUCUCCUUACAGUUUGCUGGUUGGAGGUCCAUACUGAUGCUGCAUUGGUUGUUUUCGCUUGCUUCUUUGGCUUCUGCUCUGGUGCAGUAACUACGGGAAUGGCGGUAUCUUUCACCUCCAUUCCCAAAGAUCCCCGGAACAUAGGUACAUAUAUGGGUAUGGGCAUGGGGAUCGCUGCUAUAGCGGCACUCGUAGGGCCCCCUAUUAAUGGAGCACUCCUUAGCGGCCGGGGGUUUGCCUCAAUGGCAUACUUCAGUGAAUCAGUGAAUUUUCUGGCGGCUUUUAUGGUGGUUAUAGCCAAACAUUCGACCACCAAAGGAAUUUUUUCGAACAAUUGAUAAGUUUAUAUAGAUAUGUUUAUCCCUGAGCAUCAACGUUCGUUAGGUAGCUAGUCUUGCGUUCUCUUGAUCUUUUCUUCACUGAGAAAGGCUUCGUUUUUCUCUCCGGUACCUCAAAGGAGUCAUCUCUGUAUCUAUCUACAUCUUCUUCCCCUCCUUCUCUUCACCACCGGCUUCUUGCUGCCAUAACAGCAGGCUGAGCCUCUCUCAGAUAUCCGCCUCC